CGCCGAGCCGCAGUCAGUGUGUGCGCGCUCGCGGUUCGCUCCGGCCGCUGCUGACGCUCCUCCGCGACCCCCUGCCUGCCUGUCGCUCUCGCGCGCGCGAUUCUCGGGCGUCUUCUGUCUGACGCCGCACUCGAUCCCUCCCCGCAUCACGGACGACGUCGACGGCUGCGUGUCAUAAACUGCUCGCGCGGCCUGCUGCUUGCGUGGCGUCUCCGCCGAGCGUCCCAUAUCGCCGCAAUCCACGCCGUCUGCGCGAUCUCCCCAUUUAUUUCUCUUUCUUCAUCGGCGACUGUUGUCAAACUUUGCGUCGUGCGCGAGCGUGUGAAGCAGGAAGAGGCUACGAUCUGAUCGGUCUGUUCCUGACGGCACCUUCGCACGUCCUCGGUGGUUGAGCCUUCAAGCGUGCUUAAUCGCAGGGCACCUCGCGCCCAGGAAUUUGCUACCCUGGUGCAACGUCGAUCCGGCGAGCCACCUCUGCCUCCAGAGUCUGGGACGAGUGAAAGUGCGCGCGCGUUUUCGGGCGUGCUGCGGCGCGGGGCCUGUCCAACCGAAGGCUACGCCGCCGUGUGUCCGCUCAGGCGCGUCUACCAUUGAGUCUGGGACAAGGCGGGACCCCGUGUGGCAGCGGCUGCGCAGCCAGCCCGUGUGCCGCGCCUGCCCCGCCCCCUGGUGUCCGGUAGCAUGAGGUAGCAGGCCAGCGCAGCCCAGCGCCUUCCUCCUCCUCUUCCUCCCCCGUCCUGGUCCUACACGUUGCCACCAGCUGCAGUGGCAAUGCGCAGCGCCGUGCUGCUUCCCAGGCCCACCCGGCGGUGGGUGGUGCUGUGCGCCGCCUGCCUGCUCGCCGCCUUCUUCUGCUACUCCUUCCUCGGCUCGUGCCGCUCGGGGAACUUCAGCAUCACAUACGUCGCGCCUGAGCGGUUCGUGUGGGGCCGCAACGCCGAGAAGGUGCACUACGACCGCCACAUGCCGCUGAUCUUCAUCGGCGGCAUGCCCCGCAGCGGCACGACGCUCGUGCGCGUGCUCCUGGACGCGCACCCGGACGUGCGCUGCGGCGAGGAGACGCGCAUCAUCCCGCGCCUGCUCUCGCUCAAGCAGCAGUGGUCCAAGAGCCCCACCGAGGUGCAGCGACUCAUCGAGGGGGGCAUCACGGACGACGUUUUGGACUCGGCCAUGACGGCGUUCAUCCUGGAGGUGAUCGUGCGGCAUGGCAAGCCAGCGCCGCGGCUCUGCAACAAGGACCCGUUCACGUUGCGAGCCGCCGUCUACCUGCACAAGCUGUUCCCGCAGGCAAAGUUCCUGCUCAUGAUACGCGACGGCCGGGCGGUCGUGCACUCCAUCAUCACGCGAAAGGUGACGAUAACGGGCUAUGACCUGAGCGACUACCGGCAGUGCCUGAAGCGCUGGAACGCCGCCAUGUACUCCAUGUACAACCAGUGCCAGCAGCUCGGGCCCAGCAUAUGCAUGCCCGUUUACUAUGAGCAACUGGUGCUGCACCCCAAGCAGUGGCUGCAGCGCAUCCUCGCCUUCCUCGACGUGCCCUGGAACGACUCGGUGCUGCACCACGAGCAGGUUAUCAACCAGUCAGGCAUAUCCCUUUCCAAGCUGGAGCGUUCCACGGACCAGGUGAUCAAGCCCAUCAACUUGGAGGCACUGAGCAAGUGGGUCGGCCAGAUUCCCGAGGAUGUUGUGCGUGACAUGGCCAAAGUGGCACCCAUGCUGUCCGAGUUGGGUUACGACCCGAUGGCCAACCCUCCGAACUACGGCCGACCUGACUCGUUCGUGCUCAAUAACACGCUACAGAUCAAGCGCGACACAGCCGAGUGGCGUGCUCGAGAGAUGGAGCUGGCUCAGCACCGCGAUGCCAUUCGCCGGGGUGCCAUAAGACGCAAGGCUGAGGAAGAGAUGAUGUCUAGGACACCCACACCUUAGGAAAAGAAACUGUGUGUGACAUGAAAAACUUGAAACUGUGUGAUUCGAGGAGUGUUUUUGUGUAGGACCACAGCAGACACUUCAUUAUUGUAAAAACAAAAGAAGACCUUGGAGCAGGCAGCCGCCUUCUCCAGUCACUUUAGCACAAGUCGAUUUUGGCUGGCAGCUUUAGUUUACCCCAUAAGGUGGAAUGUACAUGACAUCAGAGGUUCUUUUGAAUCAGCGUUUGUCAAAUGUUACCUCAUCAGUUUGUUAGUUUGUCAUUUGGCUAAAAAAGUUAAGCUGAAACUUUCGCAGCUUGCUUUGCGGACAGUCCUGUCAAAAAGAGUUCAAAAUUAGAAAAUGUUGCUCUUGGUGGGAUCUUCAAAUAUCAUCAGCCUUGUUUGCAUUCAUUCAUUUUUUGAGUUAUUCGUAAAGGUAACGGAUCAGCUGUGCAAGAUGUCACUGGACUGAGUAACUGUUGCCCCAUAGUCACUGGGUCCUCACCCGACACUUGAAGCUGUGUGUAAAUGAAUUCGUGUUUCAUGAAAUCAUGUUUAUGGCCUUAGAGCUUGUCACUCAGCAGAAGUGCGCUGUGCUUGGCAUAAGUAUUAAAUUUUAUACAAACUAACUCAUAGGUUUUCUUUCCGAGAGACUUUUCUGCCGAAUUCACAAUAAAAGGGCUACUUUUUACAUAUAAUUGAUAGUUGUUAUGUAGAAUACUGAUCAUAUGAAGAACAUUUUAACACUUAAUUGGAACUCUGUAGUGCAAAGGCAUAAAUGGAGAAUGCUGGCUACUAAAAAGCAGUUUUACAUUCAUGAGGUGAAAUUUUGCACACACUUUUGCACCAAGACAACUAAUGUUAGUACAAGAACUUCCUUUCUGCUGUAGUCUCGCAACCUAGCUAAUGUAAAAGGGUCACUCUGAAAACGUCCUGAAGAAGUGAAUUUUGCUAUGAUUGUUUGUGUGCAUUUGGCCAUGUCAAAAUUUUUUUUAGUAAUCUAGGCUAUAUGAUUGCACAUGAGCUUGCAUAUUGGGUAAGCCCCGUUAAUGUGGAAUCUUAAAUCAGUUUAGUGUUAUCAAAGCAUUCGAGUGCACUGAAAUUUUCAUGCUGUCCGCACAGCAAAAGAUGUACUUUGUUAAACAGAUAGUUUGCAAAAGAGUGAGCCUACUUCUAUUGAGUGCACAAUAAUGGAACUAGUAGUAGUUUCAUUAAGCUAUGUGGUUUUGCUUCUUGAAAAUCACUAGGCUAUAUAUGUGCCAUCACUCAUGGUUUCUCACUGUAUUUCUGUCUCAAUGGAAAGUCAGAGCUUAUUACCGAAGUCAAGCACCUUUCGAAACAUGUGUGAGAGAGCCUUACUAUGUAAAUAGCAGUGUGAAUCAAAAGGCAUGCAUGGUACAAUGCAGCUAUCCUAUUGGUGUGCUUGUCUAUGCUCAUGAGUAUUUCGUUACCUUCUGGCUUUCGUUAUGUGCUGCUUUACAGAUGCACUGUGUAGGACCGGGUCUUUUUUCUUUAUCAACAUCAACUGUUCUGUUUAUCUUUACUCAGGAGUCCUUGCCUUUUAUUGACACACUUAUACUGUGGACAGGGCAUUCUCUAUGGGCAUAUACAACAAAGCAUCAUUCUCACAGGCAGCAUUAGAAUGUGUUCACUCCUAAAAUAGACACCAACGCUGAAGUGUCAAUAAAUGCUGAAAGGAGGCUAUGCUUCAUCAUAUAUUUUGUAGGAGCAGGAAAUGAAGACAUCAUCCAGCUGAUAAUGAUCCUUGUGGUCAUGCCCUCCUCUUGUCUUAGAUAAGGCAGCAUCAUUCCAUUUUGCUUGGCUUAUGUUGCUGAGCAGACUUUUCUUCUGCUCAAAUUUCGCUGUGAGAAUAGGCACAACUUUGUUCCUUUUCUGAAAUCUGUGAUUUCCUGUGUACCUCUCUGCCAUGUCGAUGACUCCAUUCAUGACCUGGUGCAAGUUCAUGACACUAAUGUUUUUGUUGCUCUUUUUUUUUUUUUGAGAGGUGCUCAUCUGCCAUUGUUAUCACUUUUAGUUACCCCUCUGCAUCUUCUUGCUGCACUCCAAAGAUGUUCGGGAAUAUGAUGCACAAUCUCGAAAAGAUAUGCACAAGUUUUUUCUACAGUGAGGAAAGAAAGUACUGUUAUGCAUAUAUCCAUAUGUAUAGUGGUGCAUAAUUUCAUCAUCUAUCUGUGUUUGCUAUUCGAGGACGGUGAUUGCGAAUUAUUCUUUUUUUUCCUUUCUUCUCGAGAUAAGUGUCGUCCAUUGCUUUUGGAAACUGUGAGAUCUGACGUGGAUGUUUUCAGUGGUGAGGCCUGACCUUGUAAAAAUGGUGGUGGGCCAACCAGAUGGAUUCUUGUGCGCAGCGUGGACUGUGGAGGUUCAAGAAUUUGUCCAGGUGGUUGGGUGUAUUAUACUGGAGUGCACGCACACUUUUGUUUUCCUGUAUAUGCACUAUUUCUCUCAAGCAGUAGUUUGUGGGUAAAUGUGAAUGGUGGUGCAUGGACUUGGUGUGUGAAAUGUUGUUUAGAAAAAAUGUAACGAAAGCAAAAAAGAAAGAGAGCCUAAAUAUGAAACAUCCAACAAGACUGUCUGUAGUGGUGCUUAGAUUUAGUAUGUUGGGUUUGUACUUGUGGAUGUACCGCUGCCUGAGAACUGCUCAGGAUGUCUGUUUGAGAUGCAUACUGAGUAUGCCUACGGUGUUGUUACAGAAGUACUUGGAAAGUUAUAGAAGUAAGAGCAAGCGUGUUUUUAGUUAUGCAUGAAGUGAAUGUGGUUUAGCUCUGUCAAUCAACCAAGAAUAAAUAGGCUGAACGUAAGGUACCUAAAUGUGUGUACCUAAGUGGACAGUAUAGCUAAAUGGCAUUUAGCUAUAAGUAGAAAAGCUGCAUUGAGAAGCAGUGUACAUUCAAAGUACAGAAUUCCUAGUAGUUUGCAGAUGACAGUGUAGAGCAUGUUAUGCAUGAAAUCACUGAGGUCUGUUUGUUCUCAAGUGUAGGCGAAUACAAAAUUUUGAAUCUAUUUGUCAUUUUCAAGUGCAAACCUAAUGUCUAAAUGAUGUGGUGCACACAUUGGUUUCCAUUUCAUUGCACCAUUAUUCUGGUGCUUCAGUGUACACGUUUAAAUACUGGUUCUCGUUGAAUUACUUUCAAUGAAAAGUCGUAUCGUUCUUAUGUGGGCCGCCACAAUUUGCAUAUUUGCUAUCAGAGCUGGCUUUAGAAUUAUUAACCACGAGCUAAACUUUAGAUAAUAUUGUAGCUGGACUUUCUCGACAGUGCAUGUGAAAAACACUUGUUACUGGCCAUCAUUCUUCAUGCUUGGCGAAACUGUUUAUUGAAGUGUAAAUUUGCAGCCUCUCUCUAGUAUUCACUGCAUCCAUGAGUAGGUCUGGAGAUAUCAAGGUCGCUUGUUUAGGAUAAACCGGAAAGUAGGGUCUCAUUGUUUGAGAGGAACAGAGGGAAAUUUUUUGUCACUUAGAGUGGAGGUGCAAGAUUAUCACUGGCGGAGAGUCUCGUGUAGUUGUAUUCUUUCAUUGAUUUCCUUUCUUUGUGAAGAUGAAAGGAAGCGAUCUCUUUCUGGUUGCCGACACGAGCAAGUGCCUUUGUUCUGUCAAUCCACAUAUCGUGUGUGCCAACUCUUCCCUAAGAGUACCACGUGACUCUGUCUGUUUCCUGGCGUAAUCAGAGAUGUACGCUCCUUGCGCAUUCUGCCAUGCCACUGAAAGUCUGACUGAAAGUGCACUUCUGCAAAGUUACCCAGUACAUGUUUAUUCUAUCAGUGUAAGUGCGCAUUACAAAUUAAUUCUUUGUUUCCUACAAAAUCUUUUCAACAUCAACCAAUCGCAUGAUAGAGGACGUAUGCUUGAUAGACAUUUGCAGCUUAUUAAAAUAUUGAUGUCGUUUUCUUUGGGCCACUGAUAUUUUUUAACAGUCACAAACUUGUGUUAACUUACAUCUGUAACUUGUGAGUGCCCUCAUGAGCAAAAGUAAGCAUUGUUUUACUUUGUAUUUCACUCUGCUGAGCUUCCUGGCUGGAAAGGCUAUUAUUGCUCUGUGUUUAAAACACUGCUAAGCAGUGGCAACACGCUGCAAGCUGACGUAAACAGAAAAAAAUUGUCUCAAGUCACAUUAACAUGGUUUUAAUGUGGGAGUUGGCAAUCAAGCCACUUGAGCCCCUUAAGCCAUAGCCAUACUGCUCUUCAAGCCAUGAGAGCAAUGAUGACAUAAAAACAAGAUUGCCUCUGAUGUGUUCUCUGUGCAAGUAUACUUCAAGUACUUGAUUACUUUUUUAAAAGUAUGUAAGCAAUAAUACUUAAAAUACAUGCUCUGUUCUAAUGCUGCCAGGACUAACAUGAGGUUCUCCAAGCUACAGCUGCAAGCCAAGCUGCAAUUGGCUGAAGUAUGUGAGACAGGGUUCUAAACAGUUGUAGCGCUAACCAGCCAGACUUCAGGCAACAUGGAUAACAGAUUUUAAGAAAAAGUGAAACAAUGAGUUGGGUGAUGGAAAUGCUUCAAGGUACUUGAACAUGGUACAGACUGUUUCAAUCGCUCCUUGUUUUUGAAUGUGUCAGGAGCACCAUGUUGCGCACAAUAGACUCAGUGAUACUUGAUAAAUAUUGGUCAACGUUAAACACAAUAACAUACAAAAAGGAAAGAAAAUGUCUGCGAGUUCUUGAAGGCACCAUGCUCUCAGCAUUGCAUGUGUCACCAGAAAACUAAUUGCCUGGUGCGCAUAGUGUAACAACGGGAAGCCCAUCUGAAGAGCCAUUUUAUACAAAAUGGCUCUUCAGGUGGACUUGCCGUUGCCACUUACCGUCGCCUUGACAUGUCAUUUCAUUGAACAUGACUUACCUUGCAAUCCCCCAUGAUUUUGACUGCCUGCUCAUCUGGUUCUGCAUUUUAGUGUUUCUUGAGUAAUGCCUCGGUGUUCAUUUUCUAGUUUUUGUCCAGCUAGCUCGUUAUUAUAAAGUUGUCUACUGUCAUUAAGAGGGUAAUGCACUGUCCACGUCAAGCGUCCGACUUUGCAGAAAAAUUUUUUUUUUCUCAGCUAAAGUUGUUUUUAAUCCACUGGCGAGUGGUCUGCCAAGCAUUCCUUCUUGGCCGUCUUCUCCGCUGCACUGUUCCGUCUGUGGGACCAAGGAAAUGCAGCCGCCAUUUAGCGUCAUUCAGUUGAAAAGCGGCGAAAUUCCUCCUGUCAACAUAACUUUUCUGCAAAAGAUAAGUAAAGCUGUGCAUAGGGGAACCCGAUUGCAUGAAAACAAAAUAUUCUGAUAUGUCCUCGAUAACGCAGGACGUAACGCCGUCAUACCACUGGCUGUUCUGAUCAGACUGUAGUGGUACCUCGUUAUAACGAACACUUGCAUGGUGAAUUAUUUGAUACUGUAGAACAAACUUGACAUUCAGAUAGUCAUGCUCUACUAAGGUGGAACGUCUGUUUCUAUGUAACUGCAAAUGGCAUGAAAUUGCGGGGAGAGGAAGUAUGUUGCUUUUAGCAAGGUAAUUUUUUUACAAGACUUAAAAUUUUGCUUAUUGUUAAAUGUCUAGACUGGCGGUGCAGUGACACCUACGGGUGGUAGCAAUUCAGGGUCUCAGUCAUGCCUAUGCACUCUGCACUAUUUCUUUUAUUUAAUUAGCAUUGGCACAUGCCUCCAGUGUUCUUCAUCUUAGUGAAUUUCCAGAUUAUAACUGGUGCCACGGUGUCAUUGCAGCUUUCUGCAAUAGAAGACAAUGCUGUCAGCAUUGGAGUUACAACAACCAAUGCAAAAUGGUGGCAGUGAUAAUGGGCAAGAGCAUAUGAAGAUCGAAUGCACCUGUCAGUAUAUAUGCUACUAUGUACCACAUUACCAAUGUAAUCCAGAGUGAAUUAUAAAUAUUUUAGUUUCUUAUUGUAGGGCUCAGCCUUAGCGGUAAUUUGUCUUUGUUUUUGUACUUUGGUGCCCUCCCCUCUGCGAGGACCCACUAGUAAAACAAAAAAAUUAACUGUUUGUUUCUUUACCAAUCAUUGUAUAUAAUGUAUGUAUUUUUUUCGUUUCUUUUUUAUGCAUAAUUUCGUUAUAACGAGGUUCGACUGCUAACAUUAUUUUUUUUUUUUAAAUUGAUACGAGUCGGUUUAACAGCUAUGCGCACUGAUCUGUACUAUGUACAGGUCAAAGUUGGGAUCAGUGGCUAUGCCGUUACAAAAACGAUUCAUUCUGCGUAUGGAGGGGAGGGGGUUGGUGAAGAGCAGGUUGGUGGUGGCCAGCAAAGCUUACUGGGAGCUUCUUUGUUGGCAGCUACACAGGUUGGCGAACAUUUCACAUGCCAUAUUAUAAUAUAUACAAACAUACACGUAUAUAUUUUGUUGAUUGUGAUGUGGAGUAAUUUAUUGAAGAAAGAAAAUGGCAGCGUCCACGCA